AGAAGUCAUCCGCUGCGCAUUAGGCGUACUGGUGAUACCAGCUGAGCCUCUUCCAUACCCCUGGCGCGAGGCUGAAAAGGAAACUCGAGCACGCGCCGGAGCAAAUCGAAACGCAGCGCAGUUCCGCGAAACAGGGUGGGCACAGGACAGAUGCGGCCCCUGCCGCUGCGGCGCUGAAAUACAAAGCCAUUAUUGGAAUUAGAUUCCUAGAACUCCCGUCAACCCGCAACACUGAAUUUACAAGAGGCGUUCUCACCGUCUUUCCGUAGAAUAGAAUAACAACAGUGUCUGGUGAGCGGAUUACUCCGCUGGACUUCACCCUCUAUUUUUUCGGAGGUUGAAACUGACACGUUGGAGAUUUUAUAGUUAUGACCAAAAUAAAUUUGGAUUAUUUUACAUUUUGAAAAAAUUCUGAAAAGUCUAUUUAGUUAAUGAGAUUACUUUUGUUUUUCGGGUUAUUGGCGCCAUGACAACGUCAACUCGGUGACUGUUCCUACAGUAUAUAAUAAUCACUGGCUUUAUUGGAUAAUUGUAUAAACACACAGGCCAAAAUGUUUAAACUGGAUUCAUAAUGAUUUCUUGUGUUCAAAGGGCUCUGUUGCGAGGGCCGCCUUCGGAUAUGAUUGCUAGGAUGAUGAGCAGCAUGCAGCAGAAUUAUGGUGAGAGAGGAGAUUUGUGUUGUCAGAACCCAACUGCCCCUCUCUAUGACCCUACAGAGGACCUCUGCUGCAUCACCACCACCUUCCAGUACCUGCAGAACUCAGGUUGGUACUGGGGGUCAAUUUCAGCCAGAGAGGCUCGAGACGCUCUCCUGAAGGUGUCAGUGGGAACCUUCCUGGUACGCGACAGCAGCCACCCUCUCUACAUGCUGACUCUGUCAGUGAAGACGGCCUGUGGCCCCACCAACGUACGCAUAGAGUACAGUGGGGGUCACUUCCGUCUGGAUUCCAGCUCCCCAGGCCCCCCUCACUUGCUGUCUUUCCCUGACGUCUGCAGCCUGGUGCAACACUACGUUGGCUCAGGCCAGACACAACAGGGCAAGAGAGUGGAGUCAGAGGGCCCUCCAAAACCUAAUGCCAAACCCAGCCCUUCCCAGCCCUCAGCGAAGGACAAUGCAGUACUGCUCAAGCUGAUGCGUCCCCUGCCACAGGCCUUCCCCUCUCUCCAGCACCUCACACGCCUCACCAUCAACUGCCAAAUCGACUGUAUUGACCAGCUGCCCCUGCCACGCCCACUGGUGCGCUACCUGCAGGACUACCCUUUCCAGGUAUGAGGGUCCUCUGGCAGCCAUCCCUGCCCAAGGAAGGGCACACAGGAGGCCCAGGGACCUCCCAGUGAGGGUUAAAGGUUAGGACCUUAUGCUUAUAGGGUCAGAGAUAGCUUCUGACUCAGCUCAGCUGGACAGUGGAGUGUGGAAAGCAAAGUGCAGUGUUGCCUUUGGAAGAGUAGGACUAUAAAGUCUCACUGGGCCUUGGGCUGCUCGUACAGACAUCCAUGAACCAGACACCAUUUAUACUGUUUACUUUAAUAUUAAUAUAAUUACAUUUUAUGGAUUUUGUGUCUAUUGUUUAAAAUCUCUUUUAUAGUAAAAAAAUGAUGUCUCUUCUACGUCUUUUGUCUGACCCAUAAUCUAUUGUAAACCGUCACUAACAGACUGUUACAGAGUAGCAGUAGCCAGGAAAAAAGAGGAAUUACUUCAGCAGGAAUGAACAGGAAUUUUAGGUAUAAUAAUAAUAAAACCGUUCUUAGACUUUGCUGCAGUACUCCAUGUCAUCUAUCACAGAUGGAAGGAUGCUGGUGAAAAAACAGCGAGUGAUCUUGAUAUUGUAAGAUUUUAAUUAUUGAUCAAAAAUCUAUGUGUUUUGUGUUUUGUGUAAACAGGUUUCGUAAACAGUCACAUGGGGAAAUUAUUAGCAUUAAGCCUAUUGCUGGGAGCAUUUCCAUGGAACAUUAUGCCUGAGUUGGUUUCCAAGAGGUGAAUUUGACUAGUGCUAAGAAAGCCUCUUAUCAGGAUUAGAGCCAGAGCAAUGGUCAUUAAUACACGAAAAGAGGACAGUGUACAGACACACACACACACACACACACACACACAAAGAGGGGCAAACAAACACACACACACAUACAAACAGACACACAUACAAACACAGACACAUAUGUGCAUAACAUACACACAUAGCAUUGUGAAGCAUUACAGACAGGCUGAACUUAUUGUCAACCAUUGUUUAGCGAGCUGUUUCCAAUAAUUCAAAAUGAGUUGUCUAUCACAUCUUUUGUAUGUAUGCUAUGGUACCAAUGAUGUACUGUGCAUUCAGAAAGUAUUCAGACCCUUUCACUUUUUCCACAUAUUGUUAUGUUACAGGCUUAUUCUAAAAUGUAUAAAAUCAUUUUUUUCUCAUCAAUCUUCACACAAUACCCCAUAAUGACAAAGUGAAAACAGGUUUUUAGAAAUGUUUGCAAAUGUAUAAAUAAUAAAAACAGAAAUACCUUAUUUACAUAGGUAUUCAGA